GCUGCUGAGAGGAAGAGGAUGAAAACAAACAAGCACGUUUUUAUUGCUUGAGUUUCAUAUUGCCAGUUUUACAGCAUCGUUAAUAUUUUUGUUUUAAGACUAACGCUUUCAUAAAGACACAUGGCGGGGAAUAUAAAAGAUAAAGAAGCAUUUCAACGCUUGAACUUCCUCUAUCAAGCGGCUCAUUGUGUUUUGGCCCAAAAUCCAGAAAAUGUUGAACUGGCUAGAUUUUACUGCUUCACUCAAAAGACCAUCUCCAAACGACUGGUGCUCCGACAAGAUCCUUCAGUGAAAAGAACCAUUUGCAAGAAAUGUUGCACUUUGUUGGUACCAGGGGUCACAUCAAGUGUUCGACAAAAAAGGGGAUCCAGGCGACAACGUAGGACCAUUGUGAGAUGUGUAAGUUGUGGACUGACCAAACGGUUCCCAAACAACCCAAAGCAUAAACUGUGGGUGGACCAACCAGAGGCUCAACUAGAAAACCAGACUCCACCUGAUGCUGGUCCUUCAUCUAAAUCCACAAUCCAAAAGAAGAAAUCUGAUAUUUCAAGUGGUCCAGCUCCCACAUCACAGAAGUCUUUGUCUUCAGAUCAGAAAAAUCAGACUUGUGAAAAAUAAGCCAUUGGUUGCGGUUCCUCUUUGAUGUACAUUUAUUUGUUGUUACAGAGCGAGGUAUUCAACACUUUAACAUGGACAAUUUAACAAUUGAAAUGCCUUUGUUGUUUAAUUAAACUAAUUUUUAUUAGCCUGAAAUAUUGUUUUACUCUGUGCAUGUAUUUAGUAGGUGUUUUGCAUUGCAAUAAAGUGAUAUUUAAUUUAGUCUCUGCUAAAACAGUCAUAAAGUGAGUGGUUGUUUUACAUUGAUGAUGACUUUUAUUAUUUUAAAGACUGUACAUUUAUGCAUGCUUUAUUAAUAUUGAACUCUUUCAUGGCUUUGAAGAGGCCUUUCGCUUUUAUCACCCGAGGCAAAACUAAUCCUGUCGGGAUCCCAGUGCCAACCAUAUUAAUUGAUCUGUUGCUAAAUUACACAUUAUUCAAACUAUCAUUUGGAAAUUUUGCCUUAUUCAGUAACUUUAGUACAGUUUAUCCAGAUGAGAUCUGUGUAGGAUUUUGAGUGCUAAUUUUUAUUUAAAUCAAUUAAGUGGUGGUCGAUUAAUAUUGUGUCUUUAACUGAAGGGUUAUACAGUAAAUGCUUCCCUAUAUGGUGGGCGUAAAGGUUUUGAUAUUCUUACCUUUGAUGUUUGUGAUAACUAAAAGUCUCUCCGCAUAUCAAUGCUGUUUCAUGAAUUAUUAAAAUAAACAUGCACCACCUCUGCAAGUACAACGUGUGGUGCGUUUCACACAUAACAUCUUGUAUGCUCAAUGCAUUUGCUUAUUUAUGAUAUAUAACUUGGCAAUAAUUUAUAAGUGAUAUUAAGACAUUUGCAUGUGUAUGUGUAAAGUGUGUAAUUCACCCAGAGCUGAAGUUUUUAAUUUGUGGGAUAUGGGUCUUGUUUAUGCACAUUACAACACUGUGGUCCCAAGGAUAUGCAUCUAUGGGCUGUCAAUAUGGCAAACACAGGAAGUAUCUAGAGGCCUCAUUUAAGCCAAAGAUCCCCUCCCACUUCCUUAAAUUUAAACUGAAUCAAUUGCCCUGAAGCCCAGAAUGAGAUGCAAAGGAAGAUAGGAUUUAAUUCAGUUUGCAUCGCAUAAUGUCGGUGGGAGUACAUUAGAAAUUAAAAUUCUGUGGUAGGAAUUUGUGCUAAAUGGAUAUUUCCAUGUGUUUGAUGUAUUGUAGAGGAGACUAGAGGUGAAUGUAGAUGUAUAAGACAACAUGAGCCCAGUGGAUUUAUUGAUAUACUGCAUUGGAGAGAGAAGCAACAACUGCAGAUGCUAUUUUUUUGUUUGAUGAUUGGUUAACAGAUAUGGUGUGAUUACACUUCU